AUGACACAACAGAAACUCGCCUGGCUUCUCAGAACUUUGCAGUGUUGCAAGGCUUCCCACGUCUCAACAUUGUUCCCUGUGACCGAACCUGCUGCACAUUCUCGCUCCCACAGUCACAGCCCUGGAUUAGAGGAUGACUAUAUCUUGCUGACACCUGUUAAAGUGGAUGCUAGCGGGACCUAUUUAUCACACGACCUCACGCACAGAAGUCGAAGGAAACGAUCGGAGGGACAGUUGCCCGGGGAAUCUCUACAUUACAAACUGAACUUCCUGGGACAGGAGCUGCAGUUAGACCUGACACCGUCCAACCUGCUGGCUGAGGGCUUUACCGUGCAGACUCUGGGCAAACAGGGCACAAGGACGCAGAUGUUUCAGCCCAGCGCAGACUGUCUGUAUCAGGGGUCCAUCAGGAAUGAGAAGCGAUCAGCUGUCGCACUGUCCACGUGUGGGGGUCUGUCGGGUUUAGUGCGGAGCCAGCAGGUUGAAUACCUUAUAACUCCAUUACCUCAUCACCUGGCAUUGAGUCACAAUUACACCUGGGCCCCAGGCCACCGCCCACACGUGCUGUACAGGAGAUCAGCGGAGCGCAGGGUACACAGGCGAGCCGGGCACGGACCACCACCCCAGAGCCACCUUCGCCAACAACACCACCGGCCCACCACCCACCUCCGACACCGAGCAGACCCCAAGAAGCAGCAUUUCUGUGGACGACGCAAGAAAUACAUGCCUCAACCCCCCGUGCAGGACCCCCGACACUCCCUGGAUGAACGAGACCCCGAGAUGAGGUGGAAGCGAUCGCUGCUGGACUCCCGGAAGAGGCAGGGGCUGACGGUGGAAAUCCUGGUGGUGGCCGACAAGAGAAUGCUGGAGAAGCACGGCAACGAGAACGUCACCACCUACGUCCUGACCGUCAUGAACAUGGUCUCCAGCCUUUUCAAAGAUGGUACAAUAGGGACUGACAUCCGCAUCGCCAUCGUUAGCCUUUUGCUGCUGGAACAGAAUCCGUCUGGGUUAGUGAUAAACCAUCACGCUGACCAGUCACUGAACAGCUUCUGCCAGUGGCAGGCGGGGCUGACCGGCAAGAACGGCAAGCGGCACGACCACGCAGUGCUACUGACCGGGCUGGACAUCUGCUCCUGGAAGAACGAGCCUUGUGACACCCUGGGCUUCGCUCCGAUCAGCGGCAUGUGCAGCAAACACCGGAGCUGCACCAUCAACGAGGACACGGGUCUGGGCCUGGCCUUCACCAUCGCUCACGAGUCCGGCCACAACUUUGGGAUGAUCCACGACGGGGAGGGAAAUCCCUGUCGGAAAACGGAGGGCAACAUCAUGUCUCCCACCCUGGCCGGAAACAAUGGCAUCUUCUCCUGGUCGGCCUGCAGCAGGCAGUAUCUCAACCGCUUUCUGAGCACAGCUCAGGCCUCCUGCCUGGUGGACGAACCCAAGCAAACCCGAGAAUACAGGUACCCCACGGGGCUCCCAGGACAGAUGUACGACGCCGACACCCAGUGCAAGUGGCAGUUCGGACCGAAGGCCAAGCUGUGUUCUCUGGACUUUGUUAAGGACAUUUGCAAAGCUCUUUGGUGCCACAGGAGUGGGCACCGGUGCGAAACCAAGUUCAUGCCAGCCGCUGAAGGCACUGUCUGCGGAUUGAACAUGUGGUGCCGGCGAGGGCAGUGCCUGGUGUACGGAGACGAGGGGCCCAAGCCUAUUGACGGUCAGUGGUCUCCCUGGUCGGAGUGGUCGGAGUGUUCCCGGACCUGCGGGGGCGGAGUGACAUACAAGGAGAGACACUGCGACAGCCCAAAGCCUCAGUACGGGGGACGUUUCUGUUACGGCUCCAGCCGUGUGUACCGCGUGUGCAACGCCCAGGCCUGCCAGCGGCACGCGGUGAGCUUCCGAGCCCAGCAGUGUGCCGAGUACAACAGCCGGCCCUUCCGAGGCUGGUAUUACAAGUGGAAACCCUACCUGAAGGUUGACGAGGAAGACAUCUGCAAGCUGUACUGCAUCGCUGAAGACUUUGACUUCUUCUUUGCCAUGUCCAGCAAGGUCAAGGACGGCACUCCCUGCGUGGAGAACAGGUUUGACGUCUGCAUCGAUGGCAUUUGCGAGGCAGUGGGAUGUGAUCGCGUUCUGGGAUCAAAUGCUGUGGUGGACGCCUGUGGCGUCUGCAACGGGGACAAUUCCACCUGCACCUUCUUCCGAGGCCAGUACCACGAGCAGCACCGAGCCAACGAAUAUUACUCAGUGGUCACGGUGCCAGCUGGAGCUCGCAGCAUCCGUCUGUACGAGCUGGACAUUUCCACGAGCUACCUGGCAGUGCGCAGCCUGAAAGACAAAUACUACCUGACAGGAGACUGGACGGUGGAUUGGCCAGGCAAGUUCAGCUUCGGGGGAGCUUCAUUCCACUACCAACGCUCCUUCAACAAGCCAGAAAGCCUGUACUCCACUGGACCGACUAAUGAGACGCUGCUCUUUGAAAUCCUCUUACAGGGGAAGAACCCAGGGAUCGGCUGGGAGUACACGAUAGCGAAGGCAGGGAAUGAGAGCCAGGCAGCCCUGCCCAGGCACAAUCACACCUGGCUGGUCAAGCGCUCCGAUUGCUCUGCCUCGUGUGCUGGAGGUAAAAUGAUGACCACGGCCUAUUGCCUUCAGGACCACCUCAUUCAGGUGAAUUCCUCGCUGUGUGAGCCACGGAUGAGGCCCGCCACGGGAACGAUCACCUGCAACACUCAGCCUUGCCCCGCCAGCUGGUCGACAGGCAAGUGGAGCGAGUGCAGCAGCUCAUGUGGCGGGGGCCAGCAAACGCGGCAGAUCCAGUGUUUCCGGAAGGCGUCCUUCCAGCGGGACGAGGCGGUGCCGCGCUCCAUGUGCCCCCCCGUCACGCCGGCCCAGCUCCAGCCGUGUCACACCCAGGCGUGUCCCCCGGAGUGGACCACCGGGGCCUGGAGCCAGUGUUCCAAAACGUGUGGGCGAGGCCUCCGGAAGCGCGACGUGUUCUGCAGAAGCACGAAGGCCCCCGCAGCCUGGUCACCCCGGGGCCCGGCGGUGGGGAGCGGGCCCCAGUGCCACCCCAAACUCAAGCCCAAGAGCCAGGAGGUGUGCGUGCUGAGGAGAUGCCCGAAAAACGAACGACUUCGUUGGAUCACGUCAGCCUGGACCGAGUGCUCGGUGUCCUGCGGGGCCGGGCUGCAGAAGCGGGUGAUGAAGUGCGCAGAGAAGACGGUGAGCGGCGAGUACGUGGAGUUCCCGCAGCGACGCUGCCGACACCUGAGCAAACCCAAGGCCGAGCUGGAGCGAGGCUGCAACCCGGGAGCCUGUCCCACCAAACCAGACAAUCCCACCAAACCCACGGCCGAACGGGUGCUCAGCAACGUCGCCUCCGCCUGGUACGCGUCUCCGUGGCAACAGUGUACAGUGACGUGCGGGGGAGGGGUGCAGACACGCUCCGCACACUGCCUGAGGCAGGGCCGACCAGCAACCGGGUGUCUCCCCCACCAGAGGCCAGCCACGUCCAGGGCCUGUCACACCAACUACUGCCCAUCCCCCAGGAAAGACCUGAGCUGCGUUGACUUCUUCUCCUGGUGUCACCUGGUGCCUCAGCACGGAGUGUGCGGACACAAGUUCUACGGCAAACAGUGCUGCAAAUCCUGCAGCAAACGAGGCCGGUAGCGGGAAAUGUCACCGCCAGCCCAGCCGCUGGCACGCACCCGGUUAUUUUCCAGCCUAGUUUUUUGUUUUUUUCCCCACGGCAGUAAUUUAUUUAUUUGGGGGCCAAGAGACGUAGAGAAGAGCCAAGCUU